UGCAUAUGGAUGGACGCUACUCGAAAAAAAGAAAAUGAAGCAUUACGUCCCAGAGCAAACGCAAGAGCUCUUAAGCGGAUUGAAGUAUAAUAUUGUGCAAGUUAAAACCAAAACUGUACGGAUUGGCGGUGUUGAAAGCCAAAUUCUGCUGGUAAGAGCAGACGACUCGUUGCUAUGUUUGAAGUACAUUCGGGCCACGGAAUUAUGGCAGCACCAGUGGAAUCGAAGUGCAAUCUUCAGUUCUUCCGAUGAAAUCGGUAAAAGUCCUUGGUUGGUAACUAGGGAUGGAUUCAUCGUUGUCCGGACUAGAACUGGUAUUCACAUUUUCAAAUUGGACGAGAACAUGCGGCUGAAUCUUCUAGCAUCCGAUGGGCGUUAUCACGACAUUUACGGUUGGAAUCGGUCGGAUCAUCUUAUACUAUUUGGUCAUUUCUACUCCGAUGCAACGAAAAUCGGUAUCGUGAGCCGUGAUAACAGAGGAAACCUUGCUUUCGAAGCGGUAAUCAAGGAGGGAGCGUUGAAACGAUCGCAACAGCCAAUCUGGAAAAUGGACACAGAUCCGCACAUUGGAUCGUCCUGGAUGGAUGAGGAUACGGAUAUCUUGCUGGAAUAUGUAGACUCUACAGAUCAACAAGCGUUUGUGCUACGUACCGCUCAUACUUCCCUCAGCAUUUUCAAGUUUGGAAGUACCCACAGAAUGGAACAAAUUUUGUUAACCAACGCAAUACCAUUUUCCGCGCAACUAGAUGAUCGAAUAUUAUUUGGACGUUUUUCUCGAGGGGAGAAAACACUUCGAGAUAUUUUAUACUUCAACCAAACUGGAGCUACGUGCUAUAUAUAUUCGCAACAAUCUCGCGACUACGAGCAAGUGUUCUAUAUUCCAGAAUUCAGGAAGGAACUGGGAUGGUCUGCAGUGCAUACUGAAGCAGUCAACCUCUAUGACAUCGAGCGCGAUGGAAUUGAUGAAAUUUUCUACGAUGGACCAUCGGGACUCAAUGCGGUUGGUGUGUUGCUCAGUGAAUAUCUAGUUUUUAAUAUUUUACACGAGAGUAGUUUCGAUGUCUUUGACAGGCAUGUAAAAUCAUACAUCAUUACAGGGGAUAAAAAGUUGAUAACGAUGGGUGAGAACAGUUUAAAAUCAUUCGCAUUUCGAUUGAAAGCAAAGGAUUCGUCUGUAAAUUCAUAUUCUGACCAAAAUAGUAGCGAACUAGCAAAUGAGAUGAAAACGAAGCCUUUGAUGUUACCUUCGGUUACAUUUCCAUCAGCUUUGCCUCUACACGAUCAGCUCAACGUGGCUUCAUUACUAUAUCCAAGAAAUCCUCUUCUGGGAGCUUUGGAUUUUACCGUACCUCUCAUAGAUAUUCCGAAUGCUUUCGGUCUAUCGAUAAGUCAGUCUAUUAACUUCAGGGAAAGUAGUCCGGCAGAUGUUCUAGGUGUUGGUUGGUCCUUCCCGGUAGAUUGCAUUUACAUUGAUCGUCGCGGGAGUAUUUUUCCGAUUGAUCACAACUAUUACCUAGUGAAGGACGGCUCACAGUCGCAGUUGAAGCAAAAGUUCGACGGGCUCACCAACGAACAUAUUUCAUUUGCAUUGGAUGAUUCUACUGACGUGACCAUCAAGUUUCACAAAUCACAGAAUAGCUGGGAAGUGCAAACGGCCUCCGAAACUCUGUUCUAUGGGACGCUGAAUAACAUAGACUGGAUCCAAUGGGAGCCAGGUUCGGAAGAGUGGCCGAUUGUUGACAAUUCGUCGGUUCCCACGAAAUUGAAACCAGUCGUUUGGUUUCUUGCGAUGAAAAAAGACCGACAUGAGAACUUUUUGCGGUAUAUCUACAGUCCGGAGUAUUCUACACUCACUUCUGGAGAGCCCUACGUGCGGACAUUGAAUCUGCUCAGAAUCGUUAGUAACAAUGAUGAUUCUGUUCGGUUUGCUUAUAUUGAGAAUAACAAUUCGAAACUUCUGUCUGGUUUUCUUGUACGAACAAGGGAUUACACACAAGAAGUUAAAUUUGUUUAUAGUACGGAUAGCUCAGCUACACGACUGGCAGCGAUAACUCAAUUCGAAACCCCAAUUCUCGAGUUCAAAUACAAUGGUCCUAAGGAAGCCUUAACCGAGAUUCAUUAUCCAAACGGUCUUGUAUCAAAAUUUUCCUAUAAUUCCAUACAGUUUCCGGCCGCAUCGGUAGCGAACAAGCUGCAGUUCUUCUCGGAUGCACAAGUUAGAUAUGGACCGAAUUAUAUGAUGGUCGGGGGUAAAACAAAAUCCGGUCAGGUUCACAUUAAAGCCCGAGACAUUGUAGGAUCAGAUACCACGCAAAUGUCGGGUCUAGCAUUCCCCCAUUUGGGCAAAGAGGUAGUCAUAAAUUUUGAGAUUCUAACUGCCGAGCUCUUCUUCCUCGUGGUGCUGACACACGCUAAUCAUAAGGAGAUUUGUCUGUUCCGACAGACAACUCAGGGCUGGUCGUCGGAGGCCUCAUACAUGAAGCUCUCCAAAGAAAGUGUGUUUAUGGUCGGAAGAACUUUUAUUCUGAUAAGAAGUGGCAGCAAGCUUGCCGUGCUACAGCUGAUAAACAAUCGAUGGGACAUUAAACCGGUUUUGAACAAUCUUUCGGAGGAUAUAAUAGUGCAAGCUUUCUCCUAUGCCUAUGUAGUUUAUGAUGAUCUGGAAUUAUCGGUAGGAUUUCAAGAUUACGACGGCGAGUGGAUUACAAAAACGGUUCUGAUAGGUACAAAUCUAAUGAAAUCUAGUCUACUGGUGUUCGAUCAGUUUGAUGUGGAUCAAAAAACGAUCGAACUUCUCAAAUACGAAUUUAAAAAAGGGACACUUCAUAUACAUCACAAUGCUAUAAUUAUAAGAACAUUGAGCUUACAAGGACAAAAGUUGUUUUUGAAUGUUCACUUCAGAGUUUUCAACGCUAAAUACGACCUGAUACAUCAUGAAACCGUUUCUGUUUUGGUAGAAGAUUUAAGUCGGUAUCUACUAGAGCUCCCGCCGAUGAACGGAAAUAAUUUCAAACUUGGGUACACGCAAAUGAAUGGAAAGUUUAAACUAAGCGUGAAAAGUCAUACAGGAUCCAUAAUUGACGAAAUUAAGCGAAUUAAGGAAGACAUUGAAACGGAAAUACGUCAACAUCCAGGUGCCUCCGAAGCGGAAAAAAACAAAUAUCGUAACGAGAGCUACCAAAAGCUGGACUCCGAUCUUCAGCAAAUUUACAGGAACAUAACAGUGGCAGUUCCUUUCGCAAUCGAUCCAGCCAAAUUUGGAGUGUACGUUAACAGUGAUCAUGUAGUAGCUGCCUCGCACAAAUUUCGAUUCGAUGGACUCCGUUGGAACAAGGAAAAGAUUGGUCAAGAGACAAUAACUUUAUCAAAAUUUGAAAUGAAGUUAGGUGACUCGAUAGUUCUUGCUAAACCGGAGAAAAAUGAAACUUUCAAAUUGUACGACACAGCGAAUGGGAAGAAAUUGCUCCUGGAUCUGCUUACAGACAAUGGGAAUGAUCUUUUCCCAUCGUAUCCAGCUUUUGUCGGUGUUCAAAAGCCCAACGAACGUGGUAAGAUUUUCACCUUCGAGAAUAAACGAUUACACUACCUUCCGGAUGGUGAGGUGAUAAGUAGGAUGAGCAAUCCUUACGCGCUCAUAACGACUACUGAGGAUGGGAAGGAGAUCACCAUCAGGUCGCUGAAAUCAUUCCUCAACUACCGUCAGAGCGUUAUCAUAAAGCAGGAACUUAUCCACUCCAAGCAUGAUAAACGCUCCACCGUGUUCGAAUAUGAUUCCACCAAAGUGAAGUCCUACUCUGAUGGAUUUGCGUUCACUAAAUCCAAGGUUUUGCCUGGUGGGAAAUCGGAAUUGUAUGGAUGGUAUCAGGAGGCGUUCAAUUUGGCCGACACUAGAAACAGUAGCAAGAUGGCGUAUAAUUCCAAAGGGAUUGUCGUUAAGACCUUUGAGCCUAGUGAAGGCGAAGAGCCGGAAAAAAUUGACGACGAUAAGUUUUUGACUGAUCGUCGCAAGCGACAUAAAAUCGUUGAUUUCCGGCCCUAUAGCAUAUCACAGGAAGUGGUGUCAUACUAUGGAUUUGAACCGUAUGAAGUCAAUCGAAUAGGCGGAUUUAAGAAAUGGGCAUUCGACGAAAAAAUGAUUGUGGAGGAGGAUUCGAAUCAUUUUCUCAGACUACAGUUGGGAUCAUCCAUUUCUGGGCGAUUGGAACCAAAGCUUAGAAAUGUUUCUUUUCUGGUAUCUUGCUGGAUGCGAGCGAACCAAAGUUCCACCAUUCCUGGAAGGCUAAGUACAAGAAUAACUGGCAGCGGUAGAAUGUUACAACUUAUAGAAGGCAAGGUACAGCGGACAAUUGCGGAUUGGAGCUACGUAGAAUCAUUUUACGAGGCCGACCCUAAGCACGGCCAAGUCGAACUUGACAUCCGAAUAAAAAAUACCGGCUCAUCUCCAUUGGAUGUAGAUCAUCUACGAGUGACUCCGAUGAAUUUUGACUUUGAAGCUAACAUCUUUGAUCGGAGGAAUGGUAAAGUACGAGCUGUCUUAAAGAACUCCGGUGCUUUGCAGCAUGUCUUGCAUGAUCCUUUUGGGAACAUCGUUGCCCGAAUUUCCGAGGUUGGGAUUGUAGAUAACUAUGCCCUGAAAUCCCGAAACUAUUGCGUUCGGAAGAAUGGAAGUUUGAACUCACGCGUUGAAAUGAAGCCAAUGUUAGGUGAAAUUGAAUACACGAAUGCCAGACUAGUUGGUCAGGUACACAAAUCGUUGAAGUAUACGCCGCACGUUUUCGUUGUUCGAUUCUUGUACAAGUUUGAAGGUGUUGGAAGCAUAGUUACCCAGCUAGCCCAGUUCGCUAUCCGUAUGGAACGAAAUACGAGACAAACGAUCAUAAAAAUAACUGGUAACGACUCAUUUACCAUUGAUUCGGAGGGAGAAUUUACUGUACUGUUAACGAAAUCGUUCAUUGUUGUUUGGAUACAAGGACAUCUCGUAAGUGAGAAUAAACACAAUACAACGCCGGAACAAUUGUCUCAUGUCGUGUUCAAAGUCUCCGGACAAGCGUCACUUUACGAGAAUAUGUACUUGUAUGACCCGAUGGUAAACCUAUAUUACCUCAAUAAAUUGGGUCUGACUGUCCAAGAGAUUGAAUUGAAAGACCACGAUAGCGUUAAUAUGCGGCAAAUUAUCUACGAUGAUCUCGACCGGCCUAUCAUGAAGACCAAAUGGACUGAAUUGAAGGCGUUCAAUGGAUCGUUACUCAACUAUAAUCCAAAUUUUAUCACGAGCCUAGAUAAAAUCUUGGCCACAGGAAAGGCCGAGGGAUUAGUAAAUGAACGAAAUCCUGAUUGCGAAGGUUAUCCGUACACACGGAUAUCCUACCGCGAUGAUCCGCUGGAAGCCAAAGCCGCUUUCGGACUUCCCGGGAAGGAAUUCGCAGUGGAAGGACCACUCAGCAUCAAAUAUGGAUCGAAUCUAAACAUUUCCUUCCUGAAGGUGUUAUUUCCGGCCGCUCGAGGAUACAGGCAUGAUUUCGAACUACAUUCCGGAGGUACCCUGAUGAUCCGGGUAUACGAUGCGCGGAAAAACAAAGUGGCAGAAGUGGUCAGGGUUAUUGGCCAUGAUCAUCGCUUGACCACCUUUGAAUACAACGAUCAGAACCGGUUGAUCCGAAUGUUGCCACCAAGCUAUCAUCAAAGGGUGAAUACUUUCGCAAGAACCACUCCUUUCGAUGAACAGGUUUUCAGCGAAAAAGAGGCUAGACUGAGAGAAUUGUGGAGUGUGCAGUAUCGAUACGACGAUGAAGGACGCCUUAUAGAGAAAGUUACCCCUGAUUCAGGAAAACAAGAGUUUAUGUAUUCGAAGGAAGGCUUGUUGCGAUUUUUCACAAACAGCGAUCGAGAAUCGUCGUUGAAUUAUACCAUCUAUCACACAUACAGAUUUGAUGGAAAUGUCAUAGAAAGAGGAUUACUGAAUUUUCGAAAAAGUGAGCUACCGACAUAUUUGCCUAAUUAUUCGAUUUUGCCUAAAUCAUCAAACUUUGCGAUGUUCGAUUUUGGGGAGAACGAGAUUAGUCCAUCGUAUCGGAGCCGAGUAAUAAAAUCCAGAAAAGUUUCCGAUGGUGUUAUGAUCACCGAAACACUCAUUUUCGAUGAGAAUAAAAACCUGUUGAAUCAGAUAUUCGUAUCACCGAAUAGUUCUAUUUCGGUAGAUUAUCGAUACAUGAAUGAUAAACUUGUUCAAAUGACCUAUCCAAUUGCUUUCGACGAAAACCCCUUGAAAAUAUCUUACGAUUAUAACGCGAAAGGAUUGAUCAAGGAGGUUCGCAUUGGGAAAAAAAUCCUCGCAUCCAUGAGCUACACUCCUCUGGAUAGUGUGAAAGAGAUACACUUCGAACCCCAAGAUUCCUAUGGUUAUAAGAGGACAUUUACAUAUAACCAGCCAGGGUAUCUUUCCAAAAUCCAAGACAACUUCUUGAGUGAAACAGUGGACUAUAUCAGCGGUGGCUAUGGAAGUGGAUCUUUCGGUGAUGGAACAGUUUCCGUCACUACCUUCAACGCAACAUGGCAUACUCGUAGUAAUCUAAGACUAAUAAAGCUAAAUCCAACACAUUUCACGGCUAAUCACACCACGACGCAACAAGCGGCGCUUUGUUUCGAAUCGCUGAAGAGAACGGGACAUUUGGAUAGCCUCAGCAGACCCCAAAAAACUCUUUACCCCGCCGAAGAACUUAAAAUGCCACUCAUUUGUAACACAGGAAGCAGAGCGUACCACAUUUCAUCAAUACUUACGACCAAUGGGUUUCCAGAGAUCUAUGGUAACCGCUACGAUUACGAAAAUCAUAAACAGCUGAUAAAGGCAAAAUAUUUCCAAAAUUCAAACGAAAAAUCUCUCAAUCCUCUAACCCAGCUUACUUUCUCGCAGAACAUCCGUGGGAUUAAUGCCGCUGAAUCGAGAGAUAUUUGGAGUUCGUUGAAGGGCGCCGGCUUCAUUAUAACAGACUGCAGCAAUAGCAAAUCGUGUCACGCUCUCCCCGGUAUGUCCCUGUUUCACCCAAAUAUUACGAACCAUGUUUACGCCACAGUGCUUGAAACACUUUUUGCGAAAGUCAUCAGAGCACGCAAGGAUCUCUCGGAGCAAGUAUUCCAGAUCAUCUGUGAAGUUUGGCAUGGAGACGAUGAAAUCAAUCGAAGUCGCAUCUGUAGAGGAAUUUGGAAGGAACUACAGUCCCUCCAGAUUGUUGGUACCCGAUCAGACAAGUCAACGAGUUCGUUGAACCCUGAGCUUAAGGAAACUUUGAAAAAAUAUUCACGGUACCUGGGCGAAAUCGUUUUCACACUGCACGAUCAUUUCUCGAAAUCUCUGAGCAGCUCCGAUGGCGACGUUCAGUCGUAUGAUAUUGAUCCCAACGGGAAUCAUGUCCACUUCUAUACUGGAUUCAAACGCUACCGAAUGGAGUACCACCAAAAUACAAACAAGAUAUCCAAAGUUUACUGCACUGAUUUGAGGUCCGAAGGAAUGCGUGAGGUUGAGUAUCCGAUGAAACACAAUUUCGAAGGCAGCGUUACGUACGCGACACACAAAGGAAUCGACAAAAUUGUGUACGACCCGUUGAUGAACAGAGCCACCCUCAUUGAAAUGUCCGAUGGACGCAAAUUGAUAUUUCGAUACGACGUCCGAGGUGAGAGGAUAUUUAAACAAGUCAGGGACAAGAACGAUGACAUUUUGCAAGAGAAAUAUUACGUGCGAGAUAUUAAAGGGAAGUGUCUCGUCGAUUAUGACAUAACACAUUUCAAGGACAACAAACAGGUCCACGUCCGUAGCUCCGCAUAUAUUUACUCAGAAGCUACUCUUAUUGGGUUUAUGCGCGAUGGUGAGUUUUACAGUGUAUAUGCGGAUCACGAGGGUUCCACUCGAUUGGUCAUCAAAAACGGUGAGGUCGUUGCAGCGUAUGAUUAUUAUCCGUACGGACAGAUACUUCGAGAGUACAAUAGCCUUCCGGAGGGAGGAAUAAUGUACCGCUAUACCGGACAGGAAUGGGAUGAAGAAACUGGACUCUACAACUUCCACGCACGGUUAUAUGAUCCCGAAAUUGGUCGUUUCUAUCAAAUCGAUCCGAAGGAACAGUAUCCAAGCCCCUAUGUAUAUGCCGGAAACUCUCCCAUCUCUAUGGUGGAUCCAGAUGGUCAGUUUGCUUUCCUCAUUCCCAUUAUAGCCCUUGCCGUAGUUGGUGGCUACUUUGGAGCUUCGGCUGCUAACAAUUCAUUUAACCCUACCAAAUGGAAGUUACGCCCAACUCUGAUAGGAGGAGUUUUGGGUGCUCUUUCCGGUGCGCUAGCACCCACAGGUAUCGGUGCAUCUUUCACCUUCCUCACGACCACUGUUGGGAUGUCAGGGAUACUGGCGGGAACAGUUAUAGCCGGUACGACAAUCGGUUUCGCCUUCAUUGGUGGUGCAUCGGCAAAUAAAAAUUGGAAUCCGGCUGAAUGGAAUUGGUCCAGCCCGGGAACGUGGAAUUCGUUAUUCUCAGGAGGGCUUAUAGGGGCAACUUUAUUCGCGGGGAUUGCAGGGGUACAUAAACAUUAUAUGGCUCUAACGGGAAUUGAAAAAAUAGUUUUUGUAGGAGUUGUUACCGGGAGCUCAACUGGCGUCGCCCUUUUUGCGGGAUCGCUCACCAACGAUGGGAACUUUAAGUUUUGGGAAUGGGAUUGGAAAAAUCCCGAUACCGUAUGGAUGUUAACCCUAGGGGCUACCUUUGGAAUGUCAGUCUCACCGGAUCUACACAAUAUACAGAAAAGUAUCGUAAACAAUGUUAAAAAUUUGAAAGAAGUAGUUAAUACCUUUAAGACUGGCGAUAUGAAGUUAUUUUUGUCGGAUGCGAAGGCUUAUUUAAAAGAUACGCAAGCUUUGGUGGGUCAGGCAAAACAGACUUUCUCAGAUCUGGCCAAACAAAUGAUACGAUCUAGGGGUAGUGGUCUAGCACAGAUGCUGGUCGUUAGAUCAAAUCAGAAUGAUACUUUUGUACAGGAAGUUAUUGACACUGUAUCAUCAGCUUUGGUCGUGGUAUCUGGCGGAGUGGAUGAAGAUGGACAAGAUAUAAAAAAUAUGAAUGAACGUGAAGGUUUACGAAUGAAACGGAGCAUCAACUGCUGUCAACUCCAACAGUUCAACCAGCACAAUGAUCCAGUUAAAGAUUCACACACGAGUAUGUUGAACUCUUGUGGAACAUUAUCGUCGCCGUUCGAUUAUAUAUUUAGCACAAUUUACGCUCGUAUCAAGUAUUUCUUCAGUCCACAUGAAUACUCAUCUGAGCCAUCAGGAUUAAUUCGUCGAAGCUUCGAAAGAAACCCACGCAAUGCCUAUAUACUUCGAAAUUGCUAUCAUGUUGAAGUACAAAGUGAAACUCAACGCGUGCAUUGCUACGGCUAUGAUUCACAAUACAUAAUAUUCUCGAAAUCCAACCCAGGAAAAUAUAUCACUGAAGAUUUCUACUCACAUUGCAGCCCUAUCGAAUACGCCGCGCAACCAUCCGUGGUAUGUGAUGGGGAAAGUAGCUCACUGCUUUUCACACCAAAUGUAACAACCAAUCCUCUGGAUCAUCUCAAUGGAUGGCUUAUGUUGACAUUGAUCGCUCCCAUUGCUUAUGAAAAUAUCAAAAGCUACCUGAGCUCAAUCCUAAAGCCAUCAUCAAGCGAAAAAGAACCGAUGAAGCUCGCAGAAGAUCCAGAGGUUAAUGUUGAAUACCUAACGCAGAAAGUUAAUAACUUGAGAAAUAUGAUUUAUUCAUCAAAACUCGAGCGCAAAGAACGAAUCAUAUGGGCUGAACAUAUUUUCGAAGAUUUGUUGGAAGAUUUCAAAUAUUAUUCUGAAAACUCUCAAAUUGGUAGCUCGGAAGAUUUGUUGGAUCGUGUGAAGGCCUUAGAGGAAGAGUUAGUGGAAACUUUCGCGUGGUCAUACAUAGCUGAGCCCAAAUAUAACGUUAUCCCCCCUGUAGUGUCAUUAUCAGCAGUGAAUAAUGACUUGAGCAUGGUCCAUAGAAAUACUUUCAAUAAUGCGAAUGAUCGAUUAAGAAUUGAAGCUCAGUGAUUACAUGCACUGUUUUCGUAGCUGUAAGCGUAAUUAAAUUUAGUUCAUUACUUUACUAAGACUAAUUAUUACAUGACCCAAAUAUAUGUUUUCCUUAAAGCUAUCGA